AUGACCUACCAAGACCUCGAGCUGAAUGCUGUGAGCACUUUCCUCAACGAGUUGAGUCUCGACGAGAUAAUUCAAUGCGGAUUUGCCAUUAGAUCUCAGAGUGCGUCCUCGUUCCAGUUGAACGAAUACGUCGAUGAGGGUGAGUUUUCCGUGGCAGGGACCACGUCGGGUGAAGGAAGCGACAGUGAGGAUUUACAAGAUCAAAGCGUGACUACGACAUGUCAAACAGCGAGAUCGAAACGACUCAAGACCGAGACCCAGCGCGAGCUGCAACGGUCCUACGACAGGAAGUUUCGAACCAACAAGAGAGCACGACGCAUUGCAGGAUGUGAGACGUUCAUCUCUGCGUUGCAAGAUCUCACUGUAAUGAUGCACUUCAGACUAGCGCGGACUGAGAAUGAGAUCAAUUUGCUCUGUCUCGCAAAGAAAAAAGGAUACGGCAUUCCCACUGAAAACAAAGCACAGCAGCAAUUGGAGCGAAAUGACGGCGUCAUUCAGUGCAUCCAGUCCUGCACGUCAAGUUGGAGGCAGAAAAAGAGUGGGGAAUUGGGCAAGUAUUUUUUGCGGGACCAAGCCAAAAAGAUUCAAAGGUUUGUGGAUGAUCUGAUCGACCUCAAAGAGCAAUUGAGUGCAGUAACGGCUGAGCUGCGGUGGCGAGUAGAAGAGAAGACAACGGGAGUAUGGGUGUAA